AUGGGUCGUAAUGUUCUAGUAAGCAGCUUGCAGAAUGCGUCCUUCAGCAUCAUUUUCCAGAUUUUAUGCCGAUGUAUAACAUUUGCCAUCAACGCAUUCAUUGUGCGGAACGUUGGGCGGGAAGUGCUGGGAAUCACGAACGUACGGUUACUACUGCUAGAGAGUACACUGCUUUUCCUUUCGAGAGAAGCGAUCAUCCGAUCCGCUCUCAGUUCACGCCAUAACAAGCAAUGCAGUUGGGCACAACUUAUAAACCAACUAUGGAUAACCGUUCCCGUAUGUUUUACGCUUGCCAUCCCUUGCUUAUACAUUUGGCUUAACUGGCUUUCGGCAGUUGAUGAUAUCUAUGCCGAACAGUAUCGGUUCGGUUGCUUCGCGAUUGCCUUUUCUUGUAUCAUCGAAAUGACGGCAGAAGCACCUAUUUUUGUAGGACAGGUGUUUUGCUUUGUGAAGCUUAAAGUCAUUCUCGAUACCGGACAUAUCUUCAUACGAUCGUUCAUUUUCAUCUUCAUUGUGCUGAUGAACAAAGACGUUACAAUCUACGCUUUUGGAAUCGCACAAAUCACCAGUGCGUGCACCAUCAUCAUCGGAAACUAUGCAUUCUACUAUUUCUACAUACCGAAAUUACUACGCUACCGUAAGGAACUUAAAAAGGUGGAUGAUAAGUAUGUGCUUCGUGAUCGGUAUGGACAGCACUUUGAAAAUAUGGACGAUUUCCCGUUUGUUUCCAUCAAACAAAUGCUGCCGGGAGUGUUACCCAAUUCGAACUCUAUCUUCAAUUCCGAUCUGCAAACGCUGGUACUUAGCUUCGCAAAGCAAGGCAUCUUGAAGCAAGUGUUGACUGAGGGUGAAAAGUAUGUGAUGUCUGUCAGCCCGGUGCUGACGUUUAGCGAGCAGGCAACAUAUGAUGUCGUUAACAACAUGGGUAGCCUAGCUGCUCGGUUCAUCUUCCGUCCAAUAGAAGACAGCAGUUACUUUUAUUUCACCCAAACUAUUGCACGCGAUACGACACUAGUGGAACAGAAGCGUGAAAUCGUGCAGGAGGCAUCGAACGUUCUUGCAUACGUUAUGAAAACGGUGACCUCAAUCGGUCUGCUAGCGUUCGUUUUUGCUCAAAGCUAUUCCGGGACGGUGUUGCUACUGUAUGGUGGAAAAGAUUUCGUCGAAGGUGGGCUUCCCGAGCUAUUGCUCCGUUGGCACAGUCUUGCAAUCGUUUUACUUGCGCCGAACGGCAUCUCCGAGGGGUAUAUGUUUGCGACGAACACAUCCAAACAAAUCGACACGUACAACUACUACAUGGCUUUCUUUUCUGUCACGUUUCUGUUGCUGUCCUACCAACUUACUAACUGGUUCGGACCGGUAGGAUUCAUAUUGGCAAAUUGCUGCAACAUGAGCUUCCGCAUCAGUUACAGCGUCUUCUAUAUUAACAAGCACUUCCGGACGGUGAAUAUGAUACCGUUGCUAAAGUCUUUGCCGGGGACGAUAUACCUGAGCGUAUUGAUUGUAUGCGGUAUUAUCUGCAAGAUAUCCGAAGCGUAUUUUGGGGAACGUUCAAUUCUAUGUCAUCUAUUGAUUGGAGCUGUUUGCACUGGAUUGUCCGUUUGCACUUGGAGCUUUGAAAAUCGGGAACUACUGCGCACGGGAUUGGCACGAUAUCGCACGCGAAAGCAGAGUCUGACUCCGAACGAAACUCACGGAAAUUGA